AUGCAAGUCAAACUUGCUAAAUAUGCAAUAAUUCAACAGACAUUAAUCGGAAUAAAAUAUAUUUCUGUUAAUUUUUAUGAAUUACAUUUCAAAACAAAUCAGAAUGUAAGAUUUCCGAUAGGUAGAAUUGUAAUUAUAGAUACGAUAACUCAUUUCUUAGUUGUAGAAAAUCAGUUUCAAUUAAUCCAAAAUCGAUUGAUGUUGACCUCCAGCGAAUUCUACGUUCUAAACCAUACGUUUAAUUAUUUUGUACAUCCUGGUGUCUUUAAACAAUCGCUUCUUUUACAGCUUAUGUAUCUAUUUUAUGUUUACAACGGUUACGUGACAUACGUAGCAACCAUUAUCAUUGGAUUUAUCAGAAGAAAGAAAGUUAAACGUUUCAUAUUGCAAAUGGAAACUUGUAUUCGAACUAUGCAUCAACUGAAUAUACCGAUGAAUUUGUCAAAGCAUUUUUUACAGCAAUAUUAUAUAAUGUUAUUUUUGGUCUUCAUCUUAAUUGCGAUAAUAAUAAUGGAUUAUAAAUGGCUAAAAUUAUUGGGAAUUAAUCCCGCACUAAUUUUUGGUUUUUUCUAUCUCGAAAUUUAUCCCUUUAUCACAUGGUUAAUACCCGAUGUUACUUUCGCAUUUUGGAUAAGGCAAGUAUAA